CGUGAUAGAGUUCCGUACACGUUCCUUCGGCUGGAGGCCUCGUUCCCGUCCAUUCCGACCUCGUUCAAAACCAAGAUAAAAGAUCACACGCGCUCGCCUGUGCGUCCUCUUGUAUCCAGCUCCGUCCAGUAGCCCCAGCGCCUUCGCCUCCUCCUCCGCAGCCAUCUGCUUGGCCGUGCUGGGUCGUCAUUUCUUAAUUCAACAGCGACAAUGGAGUACGGACGGCUCGUGGUGCUCGGCUACAGCAGCUACCGCGUGGACACGGUGGAGCUUCGCCCUCGCAGCGGCAGCGUGGAGAGCGCGCCGUCGUCCUUCGGACUGUCAGAGGAGGGCGACCGGUCGGUGGCCAGCAUCUCGUCGUCGUCCUCCUCCGCGAGCUCCAAGCGCGCUUUGGGGCAAACGUGGAAGCCGCUGGGCGACCAGAACGCCGAGUUCGUGCUGGAGAAGCGCUCGCGACCCAACGGUGUGCAGCUGCGUCGAUUCCACCACGUCCGAUCCAUUGAAGAGCUCAAGGAAUCCAAGCACCAGGCGGGGACCAGUAACCUCAAGCAGUCCAAGCACCGAGCCAACGAAACGAUGACCAAAGACCUCAAAGGUAUCACCACGCGCAUCAUGCAGCGUAUCGAGAGGACACGAAGCCGCCUGAGUGUUGUCGACAAUCAGAGAGAGGACUCUCCUCCAGUUGUCGCGCCGUACCAAAUGUGCGUCCCCAUGAACGACAAGGAUCCAUUCGCCUGCGUCACGGAGUUUCACUCGGACGACAGCACCGACAUGUUCCAGAUCGGGCGCAUGCCGUGUCGCCAGAACGAUUUCGUGAUCCCAGGACCGCGCGUUGGCUCGUCCGGGACCAUUUCGCGCUAUGCUGCGAGGAUUUUGUGCUCGCGAGAGCCACCGUACGAGUGCCGCAUUUAUGCUGGAGGCUUUGAUGUGGCAAGACGUAUGAGCACGGCGGGGCAUGCGUUGAAGCAUUGCUCACACUGUGGAAUGUGGGCGAAACGUUUCGCGACGAAUCAUGCGUGCGUGAUGCGGACGAUGUUGGAGCAAUCCAGGGACGGUAGUGCUAACAGGGGGGGCUUUAGUCGCGUCAAACAGAGCAGCAAUAAUCUGGCGAGUGGAGAAGUCAAGCAUUACAUCGACGAAACAAAGGAGGACGGACUGCUGGAGCACUUCGAGGUGGAUCUGCAGGAUGCGAACGAGCUGCCGCUGGACGGAUUGACCAAGAAUGGCGUUCGUGUGUGGCUUCCUGAGUGCAAGCAGUGGUUCGAGGUAUCGGUGAAUGGCAAAUUGUUCGCGAUUGAGUCACGCACUGUGGACGAAAAGUCAUCAAGCUCGAGGUUGAAAGCGAUGCGUAGUAGUGCAUUCAACCGUCCAGCCGGGAAGGCUGAAGGUUUUGCGCCGAUACUGGCGGACGGAGCGAUCAUUGAUCUGGGCGGAGUUCAACUACAAUUCCAGACAAACCACCGCACUGGGCUCGAAGCUGAAGCUGAAGACAACGAACUGCUGGAGGCCCCUGUAGUGUACGGUCGAGCAACGCUGUCCUCGGUGAGCACGCAGCUCGAGCGUCUUAAUGUCCAGUGCCCCGUUCAGCUGCACUCGCUACGAUUUACGCGUGCUGCUCCGGGUGAAGACGUUCCACUGGACCAAAUACCUCACGUCUUCACGGCGUGCGGACAUGUGUUUGGCUAUGAGGAGCGUAUUGCCAAGUCGCACACGUGUCCGCUCUGCAGAACGCCAGGGUCCCUGGUGCGGCUCCUGCUCAAAGAAAACUCGCAGCUGCAGUCGGCGGAAGAACAGCACGCGAUCCCCGAGUGCGUGUUCAACCCCUGCGGACACGCCAUCAGCACCAAGCUCGCACAGCACUAUUCAGCGUUGCGCAUGCCCAACGGCCGUGCGAUUUGCCCGUUCUGCGCGGUGCACCUCGACCUGCGCGUGCCAUUCUCGAGACUCUACCUCUAUUGUGACUCUGACUAG